AUGGGAAAAACACCAGUAAAAGAACAACGGGAUGGCAAAAAAGAGAAACCAACAGCGGGGACGACACAAGAAGUAACCAAAGAGUCUUUCACCUGGGAAGAAUAUCUGAAAGAAACGUCGUCAUUACCAGCGCCGCCGAGUUGUUUUCGACAGGCUCGCGUCCCGCCGUCCAACGACUUCAAGGUGGGGAUGAAACUGGAAGCCCACGACCCGCGUAACGCCACCUCUGUGUGCAUCGCCACAGUCAUGGGCCUGACGGGGGCGCGUCUGCGCCUCCGCCUGGACGGUAGCGACAACAGCAACGACUUUUGGAGGCUGGUGGACUCCUCCGACGUACAGCCCAUCGGCACUUGCGAGAAGAACGGAGACAUGCUGCAGCCUCCGCUGGGAUUUCGCAUGAAUGCCUCGUCGUGGCCGAUGUUCCUGCUGAGAACCUUGAACGGGGCUGAGAUGGCUCCAGCGUCAGCCUUCAAGAAGGAACCGCAGCGGCCCCCACACAACGCCUUCAAAGUAGGCAUGAAACUAGAGGCAGUGGACAAGAAGAACCCGCACCUCAUCUGCCCGGCUACCAUCGGCGAGGUGAAGGGCGAUGAGGUCUUCGUCACCUUUGACGGCUGGAGAGGGGCCUUCGACUAUUGGUGCAAGUAUGAUUCGCGGGACAUCUUCGCCGUAGGCUGGUGUUCGCUGACCAAGCACAGUCUGCAGCCGCCUGGGAACAGCGUCGCCCUGACAAAGAACCCGCCCACACUGACGUCCUCGCCUUCUAAGCCCAGCAGGCGCUCCUUGCAGAUCCCUUACAGACUCCCCAACCCGCUGCCACAACUGCCUGUCAGGAAGGGGGUGCGCGGUCGACGGCCCAAGAGCGAGACCCUCGCCCUCCUUAAGGCCGUGGCCGAAGCUGCCGCCGCCCGAAACAACACCGCACAGUGCGCGCCUCAGCCACAUAGGAAGAGAGGGCCCAAACCUGGAAGCAAGCGAAAAGCCAAGAUUCUUCAAAGUUCCUCACAUCCCCGCGCAACCGCCAUCCAGAUUCAACGCGGCAGCCCCGCCAGCAUGCCCUCGGUGGUCUCAACAGCGUGCGUGUACAUCAACAAACACGCAGACUGCGGCCCGCACCUGGACCGCAAGCAAAUGCAGCACCUGCCGGACCACUUCGGUCCAGCACCCGUCAACUCUGUGCUCCAGCAGGUGGUCCAGUCCUGUCUGGACUGCGCGUACCAGCCCAAGGUUCUGCUCGGCGCUCUUCAGACGCAUUCGGGGGGCGGCAAGGCGGUCAGAGUAAGAAUGGACGGUGGCGUUCGCAUGGUCAAGCUGCCGUCAGCGUCCAGCGCCGCCUUUGUGCUGCGCUUCUUGGAAACCGUGUGCCGCCACCUGCAAUGCGACAACCUGUUCAGCGGCCAGCCGUUCAACCACUAUGCCGCUUCCUACGACAGGACCAAGUCGGUGAAAGAAGAGGCUCUUGACUCACCCUUGCUGUCCCGGAACGGCAAGCGAAGCCUGGCUGGGGUUUCCCCGCCGUACGCUGCGCCGCUGUCGCCCAAACACGUACGCACUGACGCCCACCCUUCAGAAGCCGAGACGCUGCCGCAUGAAGACAACGUCCGAAUGAAGGAGCAGCUCUACAUGGGCUCGGCUUCCAAUUCCGCGACUCCCAGGCCACUGAUGGUGCGCAGUCGCUCCGAGUAUUGCUCGUCGCCGUCAGGUGCCGCCCAUAUGCCCCGCCGCCUAUCCUCCAAUCCCGCCGAGAUGGCUUCGGCACAGCUGCUCCGUCGAGUCGAAGCCAGCUCCACCACCGGUCCAGAAAGCGGCGCCAUGGAGAGGGAGGCUCGGCAAACAUUCGCUAAAAACCCAGCAUCCUGGUCCAUCGACGAGGUCAUGCAGUUCGUAAGGGACGCCGACCCAGCGACGUUGGCGCCACAUGCAGAAUUGUUCCGUAAACACGAGAUCGACGGCAAGGCGCUGAUGUUGCUGCGCAGCGACAUGAUCAUGAAGUACAUGGGUCUGAAAUUAGGCCCCGCCCUAAAGCUGUGCCACCACAUCGAGAGGCUGAAACAAGGCAAAGUGUGA